AUGAGCUGUAAAACUGCAUUUGUUACCGGCGGAUCUCAAGGUAUUGGUGCUGCCAUUGCCAUUACUUUGGCUAGUAAAGGUUUUCAAGUCGCUAUUGGUUCUAGAAAUGAGGCUAAAGCUCAAAAUGUUUUAAAGGCCAUAAAAGAAGUUUCAAGUCCUGAAGCCAAGGAUCCUAUUUUUGUUAAUGUGGAUGUUUCCGAUAAAGAAUCUGUAAACAAAGCAGUUGAUGAAGUGGCCAAAUAUUUUGGUUCCUUUGAUGUUAUGAUUAACAAUGCAGGCAUUGCUAAAGUUCACAAAUUGCUUGAUGUAGAUGCCAAAGAGUUUGAUCAAGUUAUGGAUGUUAAUGUUAAGGGGGUAUUGUAUGGUAUGCAAGCCGCUGCAAAAAAAAUGAUUGAGCUAAACAGGAAAGGCGAUUAUGGUAAUGUUAUCACACAGGAAAAUCAACCAAAAAAACUAACUGGUAAGAUUAUUAAUUGUUGCAGCAUUGGUGGGAAUGUUCCAAUGCCAAUGAUGUCUGCAUAUACUGUUAGCAAAUACGCUGUAAAGGGGUUAACUGCCGUAGGUGCCAAAGAGUUUGCACCAUAUGGUAUUACAGUGAACGCUUAUGCUCCAGGCCCAGUCUUGACACCAAUGUGGGAUGAUUUGGAUGCACAACUAGCAUCUAUGAAUGGUUUGGGUCCAGGUGAAAACUUGAAAGCCUUUAUUGAGUCUAUUGCUUUGAAACGUGGUGCUAAUGCACAAGAUAUUGCUAAUUUGGUUGGAUUUCUGGCUAGCGAUGCAUCUGAUUAUAUUACUGGCCAAAACUAUGUGGUUGAUGGUGGCUUAACUUGUUCUUAA